GGGGACCCAUCUGGCGCCGCCUCUUCCUCUCUGGGAUUGCUACGCAGUCAUCUCGGCAGCAGCAAUGGAGUCCGUCAAAAAAAACUAUCAAGAAUGAACCUGGAAAUUGACAGGCCUAACCUGAAGGUAAACGGUUACAACCUGCUCCCACGUCACAUCUGCCGUGGUUAGGAAACCCCACUGUGUGUCAUUCCAUCUAGCCCUGUGGCCAACUGAUUGAGCUUGGUGUGAUUUCGCUUCCCCCUCGCAGACAAUGUACUGCCUUCAGUGGUUGCUCCCAGUCCUCCUCAUCCCGAAACCCCUGAAUCCGGCCUUAUGGUUCAAUCACUCAAUGUUCAUGGGCUUCUACCUGCUCAGCUUCCUUCUGGAGAGGAAGCCAUGUACCAUUUGUGCCUUAGUGUUCCUGGCAGCCCUGUUUCUCAUCUGCUACAGCUGCUGGGGAAACUGUUUUCUGUACCACUGCCAUGACUCCACACUGCCAGACUCUGCACACGACCCCAGCAUUGUGGGCAACUAAGAGGAUCCCACUGACACUAGGAGCACACGGACCCUGGACAAUCUGUAUCUAGGCUGUGAAUAAAAUCCCCCAGUUGACUGUCGAGAUGCUGAGAAACCUAGACAGUGUCCCGAUUCUCAUCCCCUCUGCCCUUAGUGUGCACUUGUUCACUUCCCUUCAUGGAUUUCAAAGGAAUUGACUGUUGCAAAAAAUAGGGUGGUAAUUCCCUCCAACGAUUACACAAAUCCAGUGCUUUUAAAUGCAUGGGGAGGAGUGCAUAUGUAAACUUUCCAGAAAAUGCCCUAUCCUGCCCAUCUCCCUCCUCACUACUGCCCUCCACCCCUGCCUUUAUCCCCUGGUCUUGAGUGAACGUCCACUACCCUGGACUCACAUUUGCAAUGGUUGCCUUUUAUAGUUUUCAUAUGUUAUGUUAAUACAUCGAUUUUAAUUACAGAAUGCUGAAAGUUUCCAAAGGGUAGAAAUUGUGUGUGUGUGUGUGUGUGUUAAUCAGCAUUUUCACAAGUCAUACUAUCAAUAUGUUAUGGUAGCAGGAAGGUGAACAUGAAUAUCCUGCGUCCUUGUUGAGCUUUAUUGAUGUCGAGAGUAGAAGAGUGAUGUGAACCAUCUUCAUGUCACUUCCCCUGCAGAGCUCAAAUGUUACCACAGCCUUUUAAUUUAUUAAAGUUCAACGUCUGAAGGCGCUAUCACUGAC